AUGAGGCUGCCUGAUACAGCACAUUCAGUUGCCCGGAAAUAUCAAAACCGGGAGAUUCAGCUGGGUUCUAGUAUCUCCGUUGGAAGGACAACGUUGUGUACGGAGCAGUGCGAAUUAUCCUUCGAAUUGGGCUGUGCAAGGGCGUACGUUCCUGAUGAUAAGAGAGACCUGAUCGCACAGGAGUGGAAUGUCCCCGUCGUGGAAGGCGCAAUGGAACUCCAACAAAGCCAAUUGCACCUCUAUGAACCAUUGAAGGUGAAAGUUCAGUCAAUGGAGUUCGAGUGGCCGCCCCGGGAGCAUCAUUUCACGCAUUCAUUAGUCAUUAGUCUCCCCUUUGGGGGAGGUCACAACCAAUACCUUUAUAUUCCGACAAAUACACAAAUGCAGUGCAAUUUGGUUUUCACGGGGGACUCAAGCGACUCUCUUGUUUAUGAUAUUCUUCAACUGAAUGUGUUGCACAAAGGCCGACGUCUUAGGUUCCAGUUGGUACGAUAUUCGGGAUAUCACACAUUCAGUUGA